GGCCCUUCAAACUCGUGGAGUAAACUGUCUUAACUGAUGGCUUGUCUGCUGGAGAUAUCGAGAAAGCAUUGAACAUUUAUUAUUCAGAUGCCCCCUAUCCAUCAGAUUGUGGACUUUAGUGGGAUUCUCUGGCUCCUUUAUAGCAUGGUCUGCCUGAGGUGUAGAACUUGGUUACAAGACGAAGAUGCAACUGAGCAACUUUAUUGAGACCGCCCAGACUGUUAACUUUAGUCUAUGGUGGCGACAUGUCAUGGUCUCCGAGACCUCCCCAUUCCACAUUCUCCAAUGCGUCCGUUUACUUUGGAGAAUCUGGAAGUCUAGAAAUAAAGUGACCUUUGAAUUUAGCCAGACGGUUCUACAACCAGGUCCUCGAAUCUCCAGUCUUCUUCUCCCCCCUCCUCCCCGCAGCUCUCUACUCCCAAACCUUCCUGCCACCACUUGGGUCCCUCCACCAGAAGGCUUUUUGAAGAUCAACGUCGACGCAGCUGUUUGUGCCUCCGGGUGUUUGUCUGGGCUUGUUAUCCGUGGGUCAGACGGGCAUGUGAUGUUGGCGUUCGGGUUGCAGCAUCAAGGAAUAGUCAACCCUUAUCUGGCAGAGCUUCUAGCUUUCAGGGAUGCUAUUUCCUUUGUAGCCUCAAGAUCCUUGACCCACGUGAUAGUCGAAGGUGAUUCCGAAGUGGUCGUCAACGAAGACCGUCAAGGCAUCUUAGAAGACUCGAUUGGUGGUCCGGUGUUACGAGAGUAUCUUCAGAUCCUUAGCUCUUUGUUUGUUUGUAUAGAGUUUAGGGCGGUACCUAGAUCCGCCAACAGUGCUGCCUAUAGAGUGGCGCGUAAAGCACUGCUUUUGUCUCGUGUAGAGCUAGAAUCUUUUGAUUUUGGGGUCUUUAGAGUCUUUUAGGGGGGUCCUGGGUAGAAUUGUAAGCUUAACUAUUAUUUUCCAUUGAUAUCAGUCAGAAAAAAAAAAAAAUACAAAGUCUUGGAAUUUUUUGUACUGAGACCCCACUAAACCCAAAUCCUUACUGCACCACUGGUCGAAGCGUCUUUGAAUCGACAAUGAAAAUGGAGCCCAAACGAAAUUGUGAUAGAGGGCUAGCGGGAAGUUCUCCAAUAUCCAGAACCUUUACAUUACAAAAAAAACAUAUUGAGAUCAACUGAAUUAUCAAAAGAGGUAUAUACUAUAGAGAAUAUACUGUGGUGAGUGUCUGAGUGAGCACCAAAUGGCAUCAUCAUUAGAGGCGUGAAUACUGAUGGUAAAAAUUAUCAUAUUACUAUAUGGUGAUUCCAGGCAGAGGACAAUUGUUUGAUGGAUGGAUGGUGGUAAUAUAAAAAUACUGGAUCUGG